GCGAUGGCGGCGUGCGCUCCUACUACGGUCGGGCAGCUAUCUUCCAGGCUCGUGUCGCGCGCUCCAGCGCAAUUCCCCGGCUACAUUCUUCUCAGGCCAGUGGUUUUCAGAUCGCGAGUCGCGAGAGCGGCAGCGGUGCGCGCGGCGAUCGAGCAUUUCGACGAUGCCGGGGUUGGAUUGCAGGGAUCGGUGUGCUUUGCUGCUCCGGAGGGCCUGGAGAGCCCACAGGAGGAUCUCUCGUCGUGCCCGGCGAGAGGGAGCGUGGGUGUCGUCGAGGCGAUGACCGGCAAGACGAUCGACCUCAACUCCGGGGAGGUCAUCGAUGCGGGGAUUGGCGGCGACGGGGAUAUUGGGCAGCGCGGCGGCGGCGAUGGCAGGGGAGGUGGCGGCGGAGGGGAUGAUUCCAGCGAUGGAAUGGCGAAGAAGCAAUCGGGGGCUCUCUCGAUGUCACAGAAGCUGACAUUGGUCUACGCAGCUCUCGUGGGAGUUGGAGGAUUGAUAGGAUUUCUCAAGACCGGCAGCGCGAAAUCCCUCUUCUCCGGAGGGAUCUCUGCGCUGACACUCCUCACUGUCUACUCACAGCUCCCUCUCAACCCGGUUGGCGCUUCUUCUCUCGGUGUUGGUAUAUCGCUGCUGCUCCUGUUCGCCAUGGGCUCGAGAUUCAGAAACUCGGGGAAGUUCUUCCCCGCGGGAUUGGUAUCGAUCGUCUCGUUGAUAAUGUCCGGCGGAUAUGUUCAUGGAAUUCUACGUUCCAAGCACUGAAGAUGAAAAAGAGCUCUCCCCUGUUUCUAGGGUUAGGCUUUCCCCUGUUUUAGGGUUAGGGUUUUGCGAUCUGUUUUUAGGGCUCAUGGCAGUGGCAUUGGUGUGUUCUUGGCCGGGGCCGAGGAGCACGAAGGAUCACGACGACUACAUUCCAAUCGAGACGCUCGCGGGUCUCUUGCGGCGAUGCAUCGGCGACGCGGAUCUCGCGCAGGGCAGGCAAUUGCACCGGCAGAUCGUCAAGCAGGGCCUGGCGCGCAACGAUUUGCUCGGGAACUACCUCGUCCAGAUGUACUCCAAGUGCCGCAGCCUCGACGACGCCAAUGCCGCCUUCUCGGCGCUCAGAUCGCGAGGGAUCGCGACGUGGAACACGCUCAUCGCCGCGCAAUCCUCCCCCGCCGCGGUGUUCGAUCUCUACACCCGGAUGAAGCUCGAGGAGAGGGCGGAGAAUCGGCCCAACAAGCUGACGAUCAUCGCGGUCCUGGGCGCCAUCGCUAGCGGCGAUCCUUCUUCCUCGUCUUCCUCGCGCGCUCCAUCGAUCGCACAAGCGAGGAUCGUCCACGACGACAUCCGCGGCAGCGAUCUGGAGCGCGAUCUCUUCGUCGCCACCGCGCUGCUGGAUGCCUAUGGCAAAUGCGGCUGCGUGGAGAGCGCGCUGGAGGUGUUCUCGCGGAUCCAGGUACCGGAUCUCAUCUGCUGGAACGCGGCGAUCAUGGCGUGCGCCGGGAACGACGAGCGCCCGGAUCGCGCGCUCCUGCUCGUCCGCCGGAUGUGGCUCGAGGGGCUGCUGCCCAACCGCGCCAGCUUCGUGGCGAUCCUCAGCUCCUGCGGGGAUCACUCGUCCCUGCCGCUGGCACGGUCGAUCCACGCCAGAGUCGAGGAAUUAGGGUUCUUGGGCGACGUGGUUGUGGCCACCGCGCUCGUCACGAUGUAUGGGCGGUGUGGCAGCGUCGAUGAAUCGAUUGCGGUGUUUGAGGCGAUGGCUGUGAGGAAUCACGUCUCGUGGAAUGCGAUGAUCGCAGCAUUUGCCCAGUGUGGGCAUCGCAGCGCGGCAUUUGCGAUCUACUGGCGGAUGCAGCAAGAGGGAUUCCGGCCAAAUAAGAUCACCUUCGUCACAGCGCUCAAGGCCGCGUGUUCUUCCUCUUCGCAGGAUCUUGGAGAGAGCGCGGCGCUCCAUGGAUGGAUCGCCUGCGCUGGACUGGAGGGCGAUGUGAUGGUGGGCACUGCGCUGGUGACCAUGUAUGGCUCCACCGGCGCGAUCGAUCGCGCGAGGGCGGCGUUUGAUGCCAUCCCCGCCAAGAACAUUGUGUCUUGGAACGCGAUGCUCACGGCCUAUGGCGACAAUGGCCGGGCGAGAGAGGCGAUGGAGCUCUUCGCGGCCAUGAAGAGGCAAUCGCUCGCUCCAAACAAGGUGAGCUAUCUCGCGGUGCUUGGAUGCUGCGAGGAUGUGAGCGAGGCGCGAUCCAUCCACGCCGAGGUUGUGGGGAAUGGGCUCUUCGCGCAGGAGUCCUCCAUAGCAAACGGGGUGGUGAGGAUGUUUGCUCGCUCCGGCAGCCUCGAGGAGGCCGUGGCCGCGUUCGAUGCGACCGUGGUGAAAGAUAGCGUCUCUUGGAACACAAAGGUGGCGGCGCUGAGCGCUCGCGAGGAUCUCCACGGCGCGAUCACGGCCUUCUACACGAUGCAGCACGAAGGAUUCAGGCCGGACAAGUUCACGCUGGUGAGUGUGGUGGAUGUCUGCGCAGAUCUGGGCACGCUGGAGCUUGGGCGAUCGAUCCAGCAGCAGCUCUCGGCGGCGAUCGAGGUCGAGCGCGACGUGGUGGUGGCGAGCGCGGUGAUGAACAUGGUGGCGAAGUGUGGGUCAUCCGUGGACGAGUGCGAGCGAUUGUUCGCGCGAAUGCCCGACGAUAGAAAGGAUCUGGUGGCAUGGAACACGAUGAUCGCGGCGUACGCGCAGCACGGCCAUGGCCGGAAGGCGCUCAAGCUCUUCCGGAUCAUGCAGCAGCGAUCGUCGGUGAGACCCGACUCGUCAACUUUCGUGAGCGUUCUAUCCGGGUGUAGCCACGCCGGGCUGGUCGAGGAUGGAAUCCACUGCUUCUUCCUGGCCAGGGAAGUGCUCGGGAUCGAGCAGCAACCCGUGGAGCACUACGCCUGCCUGGUAGAUGUUCUUGGCCGGAUGGGCUACCUCCGCGAGGCCGAGGAUUUCAUCCGCAAGAUGCCGCUUCCAGCAGAUUCCGUGGUGUGGACGUCGCUGCUGGGUGCUUGCAGCAGCUAUGGCGAUCUCGAGGGCGGCGAGCGAGCGGCGCGGGCGUUUAUCGAGCUGUACCGGAGCGAUUCAGUCGGGUACGUGGUGCUGUCCAACAUCUACGCCGCUGCUGGGCGAUGGGAGGAUUCGAUCAGAGUGAGGGAGGACAUGGCGGAGAGGCGAGUGAAAAAGAGGGUCCCAGGGAAGAGCUCCAUCGUCGUCAAGAACAGGGUGCACGAGUUCUUCGCCAGGGAUCGCAGCCACCCCCAGAGUGAUGCGAUCUACGCGGAGCUGGAGAGGUUGAAGGGAUUGAUCCGGGAGGCUGGGUACGUCCCGGACACGAGGUUGGUUCUUCACGACGUGGAAGAGGAGCAGAAGGAGCAGCUGCUGUGGUAUCACAGCGAGAAGCUGGCGAUCGCGUUUGGAUUGAUCAGUGUUCCUCACCGGCAUAGCAUCCGCGUGAUCAAGAACUUGCGGGUUUGCAAGGAUUGCCACACCGCGACUAAGUUUAUCGCACGGGUGACGCAAAGAGAGAUCGCGGUGAGGGAUUGCAAUCGGUUCCACCACUUUGGCAAGGAUGGCGAGUGUUCGUGUGGAGAUUACUGGUAAUAUCAUAUUAUUUGAAAACCAAAAAAUUAUUAUUUUUUCCUUUUUGUCUCUUUUU